AUGACGACCCUCUCAACAGGGAUCAAUCAACAGCCGCCCAUCACGACUCAUUUACGGUCAGAGCCGGCUUACGAGCUUCGACGGUCACCGGAACGCUAUGUCUUCCCAGAAUGUGUCCCUUCCGGCUUUCGAAUGGUUGUUGACAAGCCCGGACUCACCAGAUCGUGCGAUCAGGCGACCCCCAGCAUCGACACCGAUACCGAUGCCAUAAUCGAGCACAUGGGUAAGGGGAGCGCUGCGACAUGGAAGCUGAUCGCAACAUUCACUGCAUACAUUGUUUCCGUCCUCGGAUCUGGAGCAGGUUGGCGCCGUCUGCGGCUAACUCAUGGUUUGUUGGAUCUGAUGUUGGUGCCUUACAUCUACGCAGGUAGUUAG